UGCCAUUGAUUCUAGCUCAAGCUUUGCUAACUAUCUGAAAUCUCAAUUUAUAAUAUGGUGAGCUGGACUUAUGAGAGGUGCAGUAACUAUUGCCUUGUCUUAUAACCAGUUUGCAAAUUCUGACAAGACGUUAACGGAAGAUAGUGCACUAAUGAUCACCUCAACUAUAAUUGUUGUUUUGUUUAGUACCGUGGUGUUUGGUUCCAUAACAAAGCCGCUUAUUGAAGCAGUGCUGUUAAGGAAUGCAAAACCAGCACAUUCAGAUGCAACUAACAUUCCUAGUCUAGAUGACUUACAAAUAUACUUCCUUAAAAAUGGUGAUCCAAGUGAUCAAGGCGGUAGUGAUGAACCUGCCCGUCGGAAGGGUAGCUUAAGCUUGCUAAUAAGUAACUCCACUUCAACUGUUCACUAUUUUUGGAGAAAGUUUGAUGACAAGUUCAUAAGACCAGUAUUUGGUGGACGGGGUUUUGUCCCAUUUGUUCCUAGUUCUCCAACUAGUGCAGAAGAUCCUCAAACUUCUUAA